GUUUUACCGGACCGGUUCAGGAUGAUGCUUUCAUUUAACAAUAGGCGAGUAAAGCUAAACGUUGAUGUAAACCUGUGACAACCUCUUAACAUGGGCAGCGCCAUCUUUUCUCCCCUCGGAAGCCUUCUUGUCCGUGUACUUGUAUAUUCCGGAGCUGUUUACUUUCAGUAGCUGGGGAAUUUCUGAAGAAAAUCAUGUGAAAUGGAGCUCCAGGAAAAAGUAUCUGUUCCGAUAUUUACAGAAGUAGAUAAGGACGUGUUUCUGCGAGACAUUUAUCCAGAGCGCAGCCCAGCCGUGCUGAGAGGCGUGUGUCUCGGUCCGUGUCUGGAGAAGUGGACGGUUGAAUACCUUGGACAGAGAGGGAGAGACAAGGAAGUGAAGAUUCACGUAUCUACUGUUCCGCAGAUGGACUUCCUUCACAAAAACUUUGCGUACAAGACUCUGCCAUUCAAUGAAUUUGUGAAAAGAGCAUCUGAAAAGAAACACUCAGACUUCUUCCUGUGUGACGAGGAGAGCUAUUAUCUUCGAUCACUGGGAGAAGACGUAAGAAAGGAACCUGCUGAUCUGAGCAAACAGUUCCCGGACUUGGCGGAGGAUUUUCACAUCCCACACUUCUUUGAACCCGAUCAGUUUUUCUCCAGUGUCUUCCGCAUCAGCUCCUGUGGCCUGCAGCUGUGGACACACUACGACGUGAUGGAUAACCUGCUGGCUCAGGUGACGGGGAUGAAGAGAGUGGCUCUCUACAGCCCCCAGGAUGCAUUGCACCUCUACCUGUCAGGUGAUAAAUCAGAAGUCGUGGACAUCGACUCCCCAGACCUGAAGCGCUUUCCUGAGUUUGUGAAGGCAAAGAGAUACGAGUGUGUGCUGGAGCCUGGAGAUCUGCUUUUUAUCCCUGCCCUGUGGUUCCACAACACCCUGGCCCUGCAGUUUGGUGUGGGGGUGAAUGUGUUCUGGCGCCAUCUACCUGCUGACAGCUACGACAGGAAGGACCCGUACGGUAACAAAGACCCUGCGGCUGCCACUCGAGCCCUGCAGGCCCUGGAGAGAGCCCUGCACACUCUGGAUGAGCUCCCCGCAGAUUAUCGGGACUUUUAUGGCCGCCGUAUGAUACAGCGCAUCCAACAGCGGACGCACUGCGACACAACUACACAGCACAGCACGUUACCCAGCAGUCAGUUCACCAAACCAGGAUGAGAGCAAUAAAACAUCUGGAAGUGUGAAUGAACUUUGAAUUUACACAACAAAACAUCAACAGGCUUUAUUUCCAGGAGAGGCAGUAACCUUAAUGUCUCAGAAGAAAUAGCCAGUAUACAGUAGCUUCCCUGCGGAGACAUUUCCACUCAUGCAUUUUCCUCAAAUUGCAAAGAAAUGAUUUUGGCUAAUACAUUGCAUAAAGAUAAAUUACAAAGCUUUUUUGAUGCAUCAGCAAAAUGAUAUUUAAAGAGUCCCUGUAUCUAGUGUUCCAGCUGCAGCAGCGCUCCUCGCAUGCUUCUGACAUUUCUGCACUUCAGUGUUCUUAAUUAAUGUGGAGUUUGAUGCACACGGCGUGCUGCAGAACUCUUCUGACAUUUACCUUCACCAGGGGGGGUGUAUGGGGUUCUUUAAGUUUCUCUAUACGUCAACCUGUCGUGUUACUUAGAGGAAUCCAUAAAUCAUAAGAUAUUAUAAUCAUCUUUUCUAAAAUAAAGAGUAAAUAUUGUAUUUUGUAAACAC